AUGCAUUUCACGAAACCUUCUAUUCUGGCUCUGUCUCUGUUGACGAGCGCCAGCGCAGCCCAGGAGUCUCCUUUGGAGCAAGCCAAAGUGCAAGCUCAGUUCUGGUUCGACAAGCUGUCGAGCUACAUUCCCAGCCCCAACAAACCACACACACCUGCUGCGGCAGCUGCUAAGGCGGGAGGGAAAACACUAAAUGUGUUGACUCUGAGUGAUUGGGAACAGACCAUCCGAUCAAGCGUAACACCGCAGACUGCAACGCCAGUGGAAUGGUGGGUUAUGGUAACGGGUGGAAACAGCUCCUGCUAUGGCCACUGCACCAUCGCAGAGACUGCUUUUAAUCAAACAGCGGCGCUAUGGUCGGUCAACCCAAACAGUCCAAAUCUGGCAUACCUCGAUUGCGACAAUCAACCAGUUCUGUGUAACAGCUGGGGAGCUGGGCCUCCCAGCUUGUGGAUCAUGGAUGUUCCAGCUCCAGGCAAGCCAGUCGAUAUCCGCAUCAAGGCGUUGAACUCGACCACCACCACCGUCAAGACCUUUACCGACCUUUAUGCCUCGAAAGACUGGAAGAGCAAGCCAGUCUAUGAAGGUUACUUCCAUCCUUUCGACGGGGUCUUGGCUCAGUCUGGUCUUGCGGUACCCCUCGGUUACAUCUUUUGGGUAUUUGCUGUCGUCCCCAGCUGGAUGUUCAUGCUCGGCAUCUCGUUCUUGAGUCGCACUAUUAUGAGCUCGAGAACUUCAGGACCAAACGCACGUCGAGCUGGCGCUCCACCCGCCGCUGCUCCUGCUGCCCGGGUAGGCGCCCCCCCUGGAGAUGCACGUUUUUAUUAG